UUUUAUAUGUUAUGAUUGUGCAUGCUCCUGUGUGAGCUCAUGUGCCAAUUAAGGAUAAAUUAGUCAAUUGGUUUAAAUGCCUGUGAAUGUCCUGUUUGAAAGGUUACGCCUAGGUUUAAAUCCUUUUAAUUUUCGCACCAGCCAACCAUUUAUACAUAAUUUACAGAUUAAAUAGCCAAUUAGCCUGUGUUUAUAGUCUUACUAAAGUAAUGUUUGCUACAUUUAAAACAUGGCAAUGAAAUUGAUUGCGAUGGCACUUUUGUGUAGCACGUUUGGUCGUUAUCUGUCGUCCCACAUUCAGAAUCAAGGAUAUUCUGAAUCUUUGCAAAUUACACCAAAUGUUACCUGCCGCGGGCGUCAUAUGCGCGCGGUUUUCGGACCGAAGGUCAGAGACAACCUGCGCAUCAAAGCAUUUCCUGAAAAAUGCAACAUUGAAAAAGCUCUGAGAGUGGCUUGUGGACCAGAGAGGGUUUCUAGCCAUGCCUGUCAAAAACAUGGAUGCUGCUACAACAGUCAAGAUUCCUUGUGCUACUACCAAAUAAAUGGUAUCAGAUACUCUUUGAAGUUGAGUUGUAAAAGUAUUGCAUGCUCGCUAGAUGGCCAUUUUGUGUUCUCACUGAGGGCAACAGAUGCUUACCCACCUCUAAACCCUGGGAUGCUGGUGAUCAAAAGUCAGCCUCCGUGCUUUCCUGUUUUCUUCCGUCCUGAUGUGGCACUCUUCAAGUUUGGUGUGACUAAGUGUGGCUCUCAUAUGUCUGUAAAUGGAGCACUGGUGAAUUAUGAAGCAGAGGCGAUCGAGCUGGUGAACUCUGAAGCUGUGUUCAGGCAGACACCUAUUAGCUGCAUUCGCAUCCAGUGUCAGUAUGCAAGGUCUGCACUUCUGAACACAGUUAUGCAGUCUGUAAUCCCCACCAAUCCCCCACCAGCAUCUGCACAGGGGAUAGUGGGAGUGCAGAUGAGAAUCGCCACUGAUGGGUCAUUCUCCUCCUUCCACCCACGUGACCACCUGCCCCUAAGCCUACCACUUGACAAGCCUGUUUAUGUUCAGGUGUCCACCUCCCCACACUCACCCGAUCCCACCCUCUCUCUGAGGGUGCAUGACUGCUUCGCCUAUCCAGCCUCAAGACACUCCCUGUGGACACUGCUUCAUGAUGGGUGCCCCAAUCAUCUUGACAAUAUGCAGACAUCCAUUCCAGUGGGGGAAGUGUUGGGGUCAACAGGACCUUCCCAGGUCAGACGGUUUGAUGUGAAGACAUUUGCUUUUAUCAAUCCGCAGACUGGGAAACCUAGCAUGGAAGAGCUGUACUUCUAUUGUUGGGUGGAGAUCUGCUCCCAUGGGCCCGAGUGUGACCAGCAGUGCUCCACCCUGACCUUAGACACCACCUCUUCGGAAUCUACAGCGCGGGGCAGGAGAACUGUGGACGACCGUAUCACUCAACUGGUAUCUUUAGGCCCCAUCCAACUGGCUAAAAACAGUUCAGGACUACAGGAGGACAAGGAUCAGCAAAUGGGUUCAGGAGGACGGAUGCCAGCUCUGUACUGCCUUUCCGUUGUGUGUGCCUUGGUCUUACUAUUUCUUCCAUUCUUGGCUUGGACAAGAGGCUGUAGUAGAUGGAGGAAUAAAACAGAGCCAGACAGCCCAAAGGUUGAGAUGGUAAACAUCUGUGAGCAAGCAUCUGUGGCUCUAUAACAGCAACUCAAUUAGCACAAUCCAAUAAAGCGUUCACAAGAUAAAUGUAACGGUCAUGUGUAUUGAAAGUACUAAGCC